AUGUUAUUAUUGUACGCCCUGGGGUCCUGCAUCUGCGCCAGCCUCGUCGCCCCGCAGGGCCUCUUUCCCCGGCUGGAGAACAUUGGGGCCUAUAAACCCGUCCGCGUGGCGCCGGCGGCGUCCACGUGCGGCGUGCCCGAGCGCAGCGCCUUCUGCCUGCCCGCCGUGACCCAGGAGGGUCUGCGGACCUGCGCCCAGCAGUUCUGCGUCCAGGGGUGCCCGUACCGGGCGUCGGCGCCGCGCCACGCCAGCCUCCUGCGGAACCUGGGCACCUGCGUCAGCGAGGACGGACGCGACGUGCGCCCGGGGGUCAGGCCCGGCGACGCGGCCAGUCAUAUAUUCCGUAACCACACGGAGUGCUUCGCCUCCCCGCCAGUACCGGUCUUGGGUCCGUCGGGCUCACUUACUUUAACAGUGUGGCUGAAACUGGAGGCGUCGUCUGAAAUGAGUCUGAUAGAGAAGAGGGCAGAGGGGGAGCUGGUGUUUGGCGUCCGGGUCUCGGAGGAGAAGCUGGAGCUCCGGUACCGUCUUCCCAACGCUCCGGCGCUCCGCCUGGCCAUGAUGACCACAGGCCGCAUCAACAAGCACGAAUGGACACACGUGGCCCUCCAGGUGCACGGCACGAGCGUCAGCCUCUUCUUGAAUGGCCUGGAGGAGGACGGCACAGCCUUUGACACACAUUCUCUGCUCGCCCCAAUCACGGACAUCAUAACUGACAGUGCCGUGUGGAUUGGCCAGGGCUCAAAUGGGUCAAAUCAAUUCAUUGGAAGGAUGCAGGAUUUCAGAUUUUAUCCUGUCACGCUCACCAACAGAGAGAUCACGGAGGUGUUCACGGGUCAGCUCCCACACCUCCACGCGCAGGCCGAGUGUCGCUGUCCGCCCAGCCACCCCAGAGUGCACCCCCUAGUGGAGAGGUACUGCAUCCCCAACGGCGAGGAGGACACCACCACCAACAGGGUGCUGCGCCUCAACCUGGACGCCCACCCGCUCAGCUACAUCAACGACAACGACAUCGGCACCGCCUGGAUCUCGCACGUCUUCGCCAGCACCGAGCUGAUGGACCAAGGUGUCACGCUGACCUUCGACCUGGAGAACGGACAGUAUCAGGUUUUCUACGUGAUUCUGCAGUUCCUGAGCCCACAGCCCGAAGCGGUGCGGAUUCAAAGGCGGGCUGGCGCCAGCGGCGGGCGCUGGAGAGACUGGCAGUACCUGGCCAAGAACUGCAGCGUCUUCGGACUGGCGGAUAACGGCCCGCUGGAGCGCCCAGAUUCUGUCAACUGCCUCCAGUUUCCCAGCGUGGUGCCGUUCUCUCGGGGGAACAUCACCUUCAGCGUUCUGACCCCGGAGCCUAACCUGCGGCCCGGCUACAACGACUUCUACAACAGCCCGGCGCUGCAGGACUUCGUGCUGGCCUCGGCGGUGCGCAUCCAGCUGCUGGGCCAGUACCACACGCAGGAGCUCGGCGUGCCCUACCGACACCGCUACUACGGCGUGGACGAGAUCACCAUCAGCGGCAGGUGUGAUUGCCACGGCCACGCAGACAGCUGUGACACCAGGAGGAGUCCUUACCGCUGCGCCUGCACCCCAGAGAGCCACACACUAGGAGAUAAUUGUGAACGCUGCGCGCCUCUCUUCAAUGACAAGCCCUUCCGGUCAGGUGACCAGCUCCAGGCCUACAACUGCCGUCCCUGCCAGUGCAAUGGCCACACCUCUUCCUGUCAUUAUGAUGUCACAUUUGACCCCUACCCUACGGAGCACUUCCGGGGUGGAGGCGGCGUCUGCGACAACUGUCAACAUAACACUACAGGGAGGAACUGUGAGCAGUGCCAGCCGCUGUUCUACAGGGAGGCCAUUGCUGUCGCCACGGCUGUAGACGUCUGCAGGCCCUGCGAUUGCCAUGCCGUCGGGACUGUCAAUGGGAGCGUGGAGUGUGAGGAGAUUGGGGGGCAGUGUAAGUGCAAGCGACACGUGUCUGGCAGACAGUGCAAUCAGUGCCAACACGGAUUCUACAAGCUGCGGGCGGAGCGGCCCCACGGCUGCCUGCCGUGCGACUGCAAUGCCGCCGGGACGGCGCGGGCAGAUAUUACCUGUCACCAGGACUCAGGUCAAUGCCAGUGCAAGGCAAACGUAAUCGGUCAGACCUGCGACCGCUGCAACUACGGCUUCAAGUUCCUGAACCAGUCGGACGUGGACGGCUGCGGCCCGUGCGACUGCCACGUCAACGGCUCCGUGCACCAGUUCUGCAACCCGUUCUCGGGCCGCUGCGAGUGCCGCGAGCAGGUGCAGGGGCUCCGGUGCGACGCCUGCGCGCCGGCCCACUACGGCCUGAGCUCGCUGGGCGAGUGUCGUGCCUGCGCCUGCGACCCGGCGGGCACCGUUCAGGGCGGCACGUGCCACGCGGACACGGGGCAGUGCGCCUGCAAGGCCAACGUGGAGGGCCGGCGGUGCGACUCCUGCCGCCCCGGGCACCACAGCCUGGACCGCGCCAACUCUCUGGGCUGCCUGCCGUGCCAGUGCGACCUGCGCGGCACGGCGAACGGGUCGAACGAGUGCCACCCCGACACCGCCCGGUGCCCGUGUAAAGAGUGGGUCGAGGGCCCGCAGUGCACGCUCUGCGUCCAGAGCACUUUCAACCGCACCGGCGGCGCCAGCGACGGCGGGUCAUAUGACUGCGCGCCCUGCCGUUGUGACCUGGAGGGCACCAUGCCCGGGAGUGUGUGUGAUCCCGUCAGUGGGCAGUGUGUGUGUUUGCCCUCUCGCCAAGGGCAAGACUGUGGCAUCUGCCGACCAGGCUUCUUCCUGUCCCCGGGAGGUGUGAGCGGGUGUGACAUGUGCGACUGUCACCCAGUGGGAGCAGAGGGGCAGGAGUGUGAGCCAGACACCGGCCAGUGUGUGUGCCGACACCCCUCCGUGACGGGACGCAGGUGUGACCAGUGCCAGGAACUUCACUUCGGGUUCAACCCCGGCGUGGGCAGGUGUGAGCCGUGUGGUUGCCACCCGGGCGGAAGCCUCAACGGCUCGUGCCACCCAGAGUCGGGCGUGUGCCUCUGCAAGCUGUUUGUGACGGGGGAGAAGUGCCACGCCUGCGUCCAGGGGGCCACCCAUAUGGACCCACACAACCACCUCGGCUGCAGCAAAGCACCUUCCCAGCAGCCUCCUCCCCAGGGUCACGUCCAGAGCUCAGGAGCCAUCCAGCUGACCUGGGGUGCCCCCGACUCCCCGAACAGCAACGCGCUCACGUACCAGCUCCUCCGAGAUGGACAGACCAUACACACCAUACACAGCCACUACCCCUUCGACUCAAUGAUAUUUGAGGACGCCGGCUUGAGUCCGUACGAAGUGUACACCUACCAGCUGCUGACCAGCAACGUGCACGGCAACACCAGCAGCGUGGAGGUCAGCUACCGCACCCUGGCCACCGCCCCUCUGCAGGCCCACCUCCGGCUCCACCAGCAGGGCCGCGCCAAACCGCACAGCGCCUCCUUCAACUGGACGUCUCCGCGCAGCACCUCGGGCCCGCUGGAGCGCUUCGUCCUCAGCUCGUUGGACGAGCUGACCGGCGAGGAGCGCGUCCACUACGCCGGCCUGCAGACGGAGGCCACGGCCCGCGGCCUGACGCCGUUCACCCGCUACGCAUUCUCCCUGCAGGCCUGCACCAGCGGCGGCUGCGGGCACAGCGACGGGGUCGCCGUGGUGACGGCGCAGAUCCCGCCGCUGCACCAGGCGCCGCCCAGAGUCCGAGCGCUCGGGCCCGGCGAGGUGGAGGUGGAGUGGGACCCGCCCGCCCAGCCCAACGGUGUAAUCAUCAGGUAUGAGCUCUUUCUGCGCGGACCGCUCCAGGCCCCAGACAAUGACACCGUUGCCCCCCCUGCCGAGGAGAGAGUGUUCCUCAGCAGUGGUUGGCUGAACCCGCAGCCACUCAUGCACUCGGCCAAUGAGAACGUCCUGUCGCCGCCGCAGAGCGGGACAAACGUGUCGGGCCUGGAGCCUUUCUCCUGGUACGCGUUCAGAGUUCUCACGGUGAACAUGGCCGGGAGUGUUCUGUCGGAGUGGACCCCCAUACGCACGGCAGAGGAUGUGCCCAUGUACAUGCCCCCUCCCCAGGUCACCCCCUUGACCUCCACCUCCCUCAAGGUCACCUGGAGGUCACCUCCGGACAAGGAGGCCCGGGGCAACGUGACAGAGUUCAGAGUCAGCAUCCACCAGGAGCAGAGCGCUAACCCCUUUGCCCCGCCGGUCCUCACCAAGGUGCUGUACACAGCUUCAGCGUCCGAGCGGAGCUACACUGCAGUCGGACUGCAGCCGUACCGCGUGUACAACUUCACCGUCACCCUCUGCAACGCACUGGGCUGUGUGUCCAGCGACCAUGCCAGAGGGCGCACCUUGCCCGCAGCUCCGGCAGGUUUGAGUCGUCCUAAAUUAACGGCGCUGAAUAUGACAGCGAUGGCCGUCUCCUGGGCGCCUCCGCGGGAGAUGAACGGGCCGCCGCCCCUCUACCAGCUGGAGAGGACGGACGUGUCUCUCUCCGACCCCCACGACCCCGUCGUCAGGGGCAUCCGGUUCCCUGGACACGGCUACUUCAGGUUCCCCAACUCCACGCUCCCCGUGAACACAGACUUCACAGGUCUGCAGCUGAGUUUCCGCACCAGAGCUCUGAAUGGACUGAUACUGUGUGCACUGUCACCUGGCGACCAAGAAGAGUAUGUGGCUCUGCAGAUCCAAAAUGGCCGCCCCUUCUUCCUGUUCGACCCACAGGCGUCGGCCGUGGCCCUGAGCCCAGAGGGCGACGAGGGGAGGCGCUAUAACGACGACCAGUGGCACCAUGUGAUCGCAACCAGGAAACAGGCCGUGGGAACGAUCAUUGUGGACAAUCGAUACCGAGGAAGUGCUUCGGCCACCAGUGGCAGCACCAUCAUUGGAGACAACUCUGGAGUCUUCAUCGGAGGAUUACCAAAGGGAUUCAACGUCUCAAGACAGGAUACAGGUGACGCACGGCUGGUGCAGCAGGGCUUCCUGGGCUGCCUGCGGGACGUGCUGGUCAAGAGGACGGAGCGGCCGUUUGAGGAGUGGACGCCGCUGGACUGGGACUCGGCCGAGGAGAAGGAGGAGACCUACGAGAGCUGGGAGGGGUGCCCCACACACAGGGACCACGGAGCACACUUCCUGGGACAAGGAUACCUUGAACUGAAAAGAGAUUUGUUCUCCGGUGGAGAAAACUUCCAGAUCUCCUUUGAGUUCAAAACAGACCAGCUCAACGCCCUGCUGCUGUUCGCCUAUGAUGUGGAUGGAGAUGACUACAUUUUGGCGGAGCUGGAGGGGGGCAUCCUGACGUGGACGCUGCGCUGGGGGUCCCAGCAGGCGCAGGUGAGCCUGUGGGUGGGCCUGUCCUACUGCGACGGCAGCUGGAACUCCGUGUCGCUGGCCAAGAGGGCCGCGGCGGCCAGCGCUGCGCUGAACCAGGCCUCCGAGCAGGAGCGCGCCCCACGCAAGGGCCCCCUCAGGGUCUCCUCGCCCCUCUACCUCGGGGGCGUCCCGCACAACCUCCAUCACAAGGCCCUCAGCAGCCACAGCCAUCUCCACGGUUUGGGUGGCUGUGUGAAGGAUGUGAAGUUUGCGCGGGGGCCCGUGGUAAACUUGCCUGCCGUGUCCAGCGCAGCUGUCAGAGUGGAUCUGGACGGAUGCCUGUCAGCUGACACCAGCGUUAACUGCAGGGGGAACGACUCCAUCCUGGUGUACACGGGCCGCGGGGCGCACGCUCAGGAUCUCACCCUGCAGCCCUUCACUGAGUACCUGUACAGAGUGAUGGCGUCUGGAGAGGGCGGCUGGGUAGCGGGUCCUUGGGAACGCGGACGCAGUCGAGAGACAGUUCCUGCGAGUGUGUCGUCUCCGUCCGGAGCGGAGUGUGUGAACGGCUACAGUGCGGAAGUGAGCUGGGAGGCGCCCGGCGAGGUCAGGGGUGUAAUUGAGAAGUACGUGGUGACGGCCUACAACCAGGACCAGCCCUCUCAGCCCCCCAUCACCGCCACCUUCCUGCACCACACGCCACACCUGACAGGCAAUUUGAGUGGCCUGUCUCCCUACACCCGGUACCGGCUGACGUUAACGGCGUGCACUCCGGCGGGCUGCGUGGAGAGUGUCCGUGGCCGGAGCAUCAGCACUCCUCAGGAGGAUGAGGUGAUGCCACCUGGUGCUUUCCCGCGGCCGACCUCUCUCCUGGUCUACUGGAGUCUGCCUCAGAGACCCAACGGCGUCAUCACAGACUUCCUGCUCUAUAAGGACCACGUGCUCAUCUACCAGGGCAACGACACACAGCAACUCAACAUUACAGGUUUGGGGGUGUACAGCUCUCACCGGUUCCUCCUGAGUGUGUGCACGAGUGCCGGCUGCACCAACAGCUCCGAGGUCACCCUGUACACCGGCCAGCUGGCCCCCGCACACAUGGACCCCCCCACACUCACCGUACUGGACUCCCACAGCAUCUACGCACAGUGGGCGGCGCCCCUCGAGGUGAACGGGGUUCUGGAGUUCUACCUGCUGUACCUGUCACCUGUGGGGGAGGAGCCUGCUGUGGUGUACAACAGCUCCGAGCUGUUUGAGGAUCACACCCUGCGCAACCUCGUCCCUGGGACCACCUACCUCCUCCAAAUCGCCGCCUGUAGUGGUGGCGGCUGCACCCUGAGUGCCCCUGUGGAGGCGAGCACAGAGGAGAGCACCCCAGAGGACGUCCCUGCCCCCAGCGUCGAGCCCCUAUCCCACGACACCUUCAACGUCUCCUGGACCCCCCCACGACACCCCAAUGGCGCCAUCAGCAGCUACCGGCUGUGGAUGAACGGCGGCGUGAUACACAACUCGUCGGCCGAGUCGCGCUCCGUCCUGGUCACACACCUGACCGCGUGGAGUCUCCACAGCUUCCGCCUCCAGGCCUGCACUGCCAAGGGCUGCGCCCUGGGGCCACUGGUGGAGGCGCGGACGCUGGAGUUGGCCCCCGUGGGGUCCGUGGCCCUGGAAGUUCUAAGCGAUAGCCCCCACGCCGUCAAAGCCAAGUGGCAGGCCCCCACCAAGCCCAACGGGAACCUCACCUACAUGCUGCUCUUUACUGGAACCUUCCAUGCCUCAUCAGCGGAGUCCUCUGGCUCCGAGGUUCCUGAGGCGCUGGAGACGCAGGCUCUGCUGAACAGCACCACGGUGGGCCAGUGGGUGUCGGUGGCGGGCCUGCAGGCCUACUCCAACUACAGCGUGGCCGUGCGGGCCUGCAACAGCCAGGGAUGCCUGGAGAGCCCUGAGGUCUCCGUCAGUCUCCCGCCUGGAGCUCCAGAUGGCCUGGUGGCCCCCAGGCUGGCAGCUGCCACCUCCAGCUCUCUGCAGGUCUCCUGGUCAGCACCAGAGCGCUCCAACGCCCCCGGACCCCUCCGCUACCGGCUACAGAUGAGGACCGCCGACCGCCCGGACGUACUGGAACUGGUGGACAGUGUGUCCACCUCCUUCAGUUACACGGUGGAGGAUCUCCAGCCGUACACAGAAUAUCAGUUCAGACUGCUGGUUUCACACGGUCACGGGGAGACAGCCACGCCAUGGGUACCACUGAUCACUGCACAGGACCGACCAGGAGCAGUGGACCCCCCUGUUGUGUCCAGUGUCCUGCCCCACAGUGCCUCCGUGUCCUGGGCUCCCCCCUCCCGGCCCAACGGCCCCAUCGAGCACUACCGCAUCUACCAGAACGCCGAGCUCGUGGCCACGUUGCCGGGCAACACCACCGUCUUCUCCGCCGCCCCGCUGCUGCCCUACGCCAACUACAUCCUGCAGGUGGAGGCCUGCACGGAGGCGGGGUGCACGCGCUCGCCCCCCUCCCACUCCUUCCGCACCCCGCCGGGACCCCCCGAGGACGUGCCGGCGCCCCAGCUCUUCUCCGACACCCCCACGUCCGUGCUGCUCUCCUGGGGCCCCCCGGGGCGCCCCAACGGGGAGCUGGAGGGGUACACGCUGGAGCGGAGGGUGCGGGACACCCAGCAGGUGUCCACGGUGGCCGAGACCGAGCCCCACGAGCCCCUCAGCUUCCUGGACAGCUCGGCGGCGCUCAGCCCCUGGACCGGCUACGAGUACCGGGUGGUGGCCCGCACGCUAGGCGGGGGCAGCACCAGCAGCGACUGGACCGGCGUGACCACCAGGCCCUCCAGACCGGCCGGGCUGCAGCCCCCACAGGUGGGCGUGCUCGGCCCAGACGCAGUGCAGGUCACUUGGAGCCCUCCUGUGAUUGCCAACGGAGAGAUUGAGCACUAUGAGAUCCGCAUGCCGGACCCACGCAUCUCCCACACCAACACCUCCACCCUGAACUACACCGUCACCAACCUGGUGCCGUACACCGCCUACAGCGUCACCAUCCUGGCCUGCUCCUCCGGGGGCGGCUACGUCGGCGGCUGCACCGAGAGCCUGCCCACCCCAGUGACUACGUUACCCACAAUUCCACAGGGUCUGGGACCUCUGUCCGUAGUGGCGGUCAGCGAGUCGUUCCUGGCCGUCUCCUGGCAACCCCCCAGUAGGCCAAAUGGGCCAAACAUAAGAUUCGAGCUGCUGAGACGUAAAGCGCAGGAGCCGCUGGCCUCCCAUCCCCCUGAAGAUUUGAAUCUGUGGUACAAUGUUUACGCAGGAGCCAAAUUGUUUCACCAAGAUAAAGGCCUUAGCAGGUUCACUCAGUACCAGUACAAGCUGCUGGUCCAUAACGACGUGGGCUACUCGUCGGGGGAGAUCGCCACGGCGUUCACUCUGGCCGGGGUGCCCCGCAAGCCCAGUUCCAUCUCCUCUCUGACCGUGUCCCACACCUCCAUCCUGGUCAACUGGACCGCGCCCACUCUAACGGAUCUUCAGGGGGAGGUUGUGUCCUUCACCCUGUGGGUGAACUCCAGCCAGGGCGUCCAGGCCUUGACCUUCGACCCCGAGGUGACCUCCGCCCUCGUCCCAGACCUGCAGCCCAGCACGGAGUACAACCUCACCGUGCAGGUGUUCAACGGGGCACACAACGCCACCAGCGCCCAGGUGACCUGCACGACGGAGGACGGGGAGCCCGAGGGUGUGUUCCCUCCAGAGAUCGUGACCCUGAACAGCACUGCCGUGCGGGUCCUUUGGGCCGAGCCCCUGGUCCCCAACGGAGCGAUCACUCAGUACGGUGUCUACGUGGACGACCAGCUACGCGGUACUGCCAGCAACACCACAGGCUCCCUGGAGCUCGGAGACCUCCUCCCCUUCACUGUCUACGAUAUCCAGGUGGAGGUGUGCACUGUGUACGCGUGUGUGAGGAGUAAUGCCACGCGGGUGACCACGGUGGAGGACCUGCCGGGUGACAUCACCGCGCCGCACAUCCAGGUGCUCGGGUCAAGGUCUGUGCGUUUGGAGUGGAGCUCCCCAGGCCAGCCCAAUGGCAUCCUGCUGGGCUAUGACGUGCGGCGCCGCACCCUGAGGCAGUGUGAGGAGCUGCGGGUCCAGUUGACCCUCAGGCCCGCCGGACGCUGCUCCCUCCUGCGCUGCCCCAAGCCCCAGCGCAUCUGCGGCAGCGCCUGCUACCACCCCCAGGAGCAGUGCUGUGGCGAGCGCUACGUGCCCGUGCGGAACGCCUCCGAGAGCGUGUGCUGCGGAGACCAGCUGUUCCAGGCGCAGCCCCAACACCAGUGCUGCGGACGCUACUACAUCCACGUCCGUCCCGGGGAGGUGUGCUGCCCUAACCCGGAGCAGAUGCGCGUGUCGGUGGGCCUGGGGGACUCGUGCUGUGGGGGGAACCCCUUCUCCUCGGCGGCCGGGCAGCUCUGCUGCGGGGGGAGCCUCCACGACGGCUACCGGGCCCAGUGCUGCGGAGCUCGGGUCGUCAGCCAGGGCCAGGCCUGCUGCGGAGACGCCCAGACAGGGACCGCGCACACACCUGUGCCAGCGGCGUCGAGUCAGAGGGCCCCGCGCGGCGGAGGGGUCAGAGCGGGUCCCCCGUGGCGCGGAGCUAAAGUGGGCACCUGGGCACAGAUGGACCUGAGCGGGCAGUGCCCCCGAUGCAUGUCUUGCUGUGGUGAGCUCUACGUAAACUCCAGUGAGACACUGUGUUGUGGCAGAGCUGGGCUGGAGUUCCAGGCCCAUCACCUAGACAACAGCAACGUGACCCGGAAGUGCUGCGGAUCAGAGGUCAUCAGACAGGAAGAGGAAUGCUGCAACGGAGUGGGCUACGACCCCAAAAAGUACUUCUGCGCCGACAGAGCCUCAUCUGAUACACACAUGCAGGAGCAGUGUAGACCCAGCACCCUGUGCCCCCUCUCCUCUGUCUCCGGGGCCUACUGCGGCCUGUGUGAUUUCAACCCAACUCUGGAUGUUUGUACGCGGGUACCUGGUGUGCCUGGCAUGUCCGAACCCCUGCCCGAGCCCCUGCCCCUGCCCACGCCCGAUGCCCCCGGUGCCAACCCCCCCACCGCAGACGGAGACCCGGGUCUGUGUGCCUCCUCCGAGGACGUCAUCUACUCCGGGACGGCCAACAGAUACACCUACACAGACUCAGACCUGGAGCCCCACACCAGCUACGAGUACCGGGUGGGCGCAUGGAACCGCUUUGGCCGCGGGUUCAGCGAUCACGUGCGAGUCAUCACCAGAGAGGAUGCCCCCACGGGGGUCCCCGCUCCCCUCUGGAGCAAGGUGGAGAACCGCGACGACAUCAUCCAGCUGGACUGGGAGGUGCCAGUCAAACCCAAUGGUGAGAUCAGGUAUUAUGUGGUCCUCCGUGACGGGCAGGAGCGUUACCGUGGCGGCGAGUCCAGUUUCACGGAUGUGGGGGGAAUCCAGCCCUAUCAAGAGUACGAGUACCAGCUACGGGCCUGCACCACUGCUGGAUGCACAGACAGCAAGAAGGUGGUGGCGGUGACAGUCCAGGGGGCUCCGGAGCAGGUGUCGGCCCCGCUGGUGAGCGCGGUGGGCCCGCGGGCGCUGCUCCUGGCCUGGGCCCCGCCGGACCGACCCAACGGCAUCGUGCGCCAGUACCACAUCAAUCAGAGCGGCGCCGGGCGCGUGCACACACACACGGGGGAGGGGGAGCUGCAGCACACCGUCACAGGUCUCCAGCCCCACACUGACUACAGUUUUGUGUUGGAGGCCUGUACUUCAGUCGGCUGCAGAGCAAGCCAGCCCUCUACGGGUCGCACUCUACAGGAUGCACCAGCGGGUGUGUGGGCAUCCCCUCGGCACGUGUUGGUGAGCAGCAGGGUGGUGGAGCUGUACUGGAGUGCUCCCCUGCAGCCCAACGGCCUGCUCUCAGGGUACCGGCUGCUGCGCGACUCCACGCCGCUCUACUCCGGAGACGCUCGCAACCGCAGCUACACCGACACCGGCCUGCAGCCAAACACCAGGUACGUGUACGAGCUGGAGGCCAGCACAGCCGGAGGCAGCAGCCGCAGUGACAGAUACGUGAUUCAGACGGCCGUGUCGUCCCCCGAGAGGAUCCCGCCCCCCUAUAAUGUCACCGUCAGCGGGGCCCGCUCCGUCUUUGUCGCCUGGACACCCCCAGGUACUUACAACACAAGCCUCCCGCUGGAGUACAGCGUGCUGUUGAACGCAGGAAGCCUGGAUGCCCUGGUCAGGCCUGCGGGGAGGGGGCAGUUCCUGCACCUGACUGACCUGCAGCCGUUCACCCGCUACCACAUCCGCAUACAGGCCUGCCAACCAGACGGCUGUGGAGUGGGGAAGGGCGUCUACGCUCGCACAUCCGAGGCCCCCCCUGAGCAUCUGGACCCCCCCGUUGUCAAGGCGGCAGGGCCAGCUGUCAUCGAAGUACACUGGAAACCCCCCCGGCAGCCCAAUGGGGUCAUCACAGCAUACUUCAUUUACAGGCGUCCCCUGGGUACGCGCGAGGAGCUGCUGGUCUUCCUGUGGUCCGAGGGUCCGCUGGAGUUCAUCGACGCGUCGUCCAGCCUGCGCCCCUACAGCGAGUUCGAGUACCGCGUCCGGGCGCUCAACGCGCAGGGUUCCGUGUCCAGCGCCUGGGCCUCGGCGCUGACCCAGGAGGCCCAGCCGCUCGGCAUGCCCGCCCCGUGGGUACUGCCCACCAGCGCCUACUCGCUGAUGCUGAACUGGACCCGGCCCAGCGCCCCCAACGGGCUCAUCCAGCAGUACCGCGUCAUCUACCAGAGGAGGCCCGCCGACCCCACGCUCAACACCACCGCCGUGCUGGCGCUCACCGUGCCGGGGGACAGCCUGCAGGCCCAUGUGUUCGGUCUGGAGCCCCACACCACCUACAGCGUGCGGGUGGAGGCGGUGAACGGAGCGGGCAGCGCGUCCAGCCCCUGGGCAGCCGCGCGCACCCUGGACGCCUCGCCCAGCGGCCUGGCCAACUUCAGCGUGGAGAGGAGGGAGCAGGGCCGCGCCCUGCUGCUGAUCUGGGACCAGCCCGCCGUGCCCAACGGAGACAUCAAGAUGUACAACAUCUAUAACGAGGGUAACCUGGAGUUCAGUGGGCUCUCGCGCCAGUUCCUGUUCCGCCGCCUGGAACCCUUCACCACCUACACCCUGGUGCUGGAGGCCUGCACGGCCGCCGGAUGCACUCGAACGCCCCCUCAGCCAAUCACCACGGAGGAAGCGCCCCCUUCCGCCCCGCCCCCUCUGGUGGCUGAGCCAAUCAGUGCCAACAGCGUGCAGCUGCACUGGCUCCCGCCCACGCACCCAAACGGCCGCAUCCUCCAUUACCGGGUCAUGGCGGUGACCUUGGACACGGGACGGUCGCGGACGGAGGAGGACGACCUUCAGAAGGCGAAGGUCGUGUUCACGGAGAACGACACGCGGGCGAGCAGCUUCUCGCACAACGUGACGGGCCUGCAGCCGUGGAGCCACUACGCGUUCCUCGUGCGGGCGGUCAACGCCGCCGGACACGCCGACAGCCCCUGGCUCACCGUGCGCACCAAGCAGGCGUCUCCGCGGGGAUUCGCCGCCCCGUCCGUCAAUCACGUGGAGGGGAACCCCUACGCGCUGGAGGUGUCGUGGGCCCCUCCCCUCGAGAGCAACGGCGUGCUGCUGACCUACCGCAUCCUGCGCAACAACGCCAGCUUCCACUUCAGCUUCGACUCGGGCGUCCUCCGCCACACGGACGAGGACCUGGCGCCGUUCGCCGUCUACAGCUACGCCGUCGUGGCGUGCACCGCCGAGGGCUGCGUCGCCAGCGACCCCACCCAAAUCAGGACUCUGGAGGCUCCCCCCGCCACGGUGGAACCUCCCACGGCCACCAACGUCACGGCGCACUCGGCCAGCGUCUCCUGGGGCGUACCAUCCAUCCAGAACGGGGAGAUCACCCUCUACGUGCUGCUGGUGGACGGGGAGGAGGCGUAUCGCGGGAGGAAGCUGAACACACUGGUGUCCACUCUGCUGCCGUACACACACUAUGAGCUGACCCUCAGGGCCUGCACCAACGGGGGGUGCACCGUCAGCGGCCCGACCCCCCUGCACACGCGGGAGGCCCCCCCGGACGACCUUCAGGCGCCCGUGCUCAAGGUCACGGGCUCGGAGUCGGUGGAGGUGAGCUGGAGGGAGCCGGGGCGGCCCAACGGGGUCAUCACGGGCUACGAGCUGCGCAGGGACGGACAGCUGGUGUACGUGGGGAACGACACACGGUACCACGACUUCACGCUGCUGCCCAGUGUGGAGUACAGCUACGCGGUGACGGCCAACAACAGCCAGGGCGCCGCCGUCAGCCCCGCGGCAGUGGCCCGCACGCGCCCAUCAGCGCCCUCUGGUGUCGCCCCGCCCAAACUGCAGGCCACCGGCGCGGCCAGCGUGCUGGUCCAAUGGGAGGCUCCGGCGCGGCCCAACGGCGCCAUCCUCAGCUACGCCGUGUACAGCCGCGACCCGGCCGAGCCCAGCGGCCGCCGCCACCUCUUCCCCCCCGAGCACAGCGCCUUCCACCGCCGCUCCGCCAGCCUCACCGGACUCAAGCCACACUACAGCGCCUUCCGCAGCCGCUCCGCCAGCCUCACCGGACUCAAGCCACACUACAGCGCCUUCCACAGCCGCUCCGCCAGCCUCACCGGACUCAAGCCACACUACAGCGCCUUCCACAGCCGCUCCGCCAGCCUCACCGGACUCAAGCCACACUACAGCGCCUUCCACAGCCGCUCCGCCAGCCUCACCGGACUCAAGCCACACUACAGGUAUGAGGUGCGUGUGGAGGCGUGUACCCUGCUGGGCUGUGCCGCCAGUGACUGGGCCUCGGUGCUGACUCUCGAGUCUCCCCCUGCUGGUCAGUCCGCGCCACUGCUGGAGCUGCAGCCGGACGCGGCGGGGCUCCAGACGGCCUUCCUGCUCUCCUGGUCGCCCCCGGCGCAGCCCAACGGCCAGCUGCUGCACUACGAGCUGCUCCGCAGAGAGGUCCUCCAGGGCGAGGCCACCACCACCGCAACCAGGGUCUACCUCAACUCCUCCGCCAGCUACCGCGACGCCAACCUCGCCCCAUACACCGCCUACGAGUACCAGGUGUGGUCGGUGAACUCUGCGGGGCGUGCGGGGAGCCCCUGGACGAGGGGUCGCACGGGUCCUGCGCCCCCAGAGGGCGUCGGGGUGCCCACCUUCCUGCGCGUGCACGCCACCUCCGCCGUGGUGGACAUCAGCCCCCCCGCCAAGCCCAACGGCGUCGUCAGCCUCUACAGAGUGCUCGCACACACCAAGGACACAGACCUGCUGCUCUCUGAGGGGACGUCUCGUCAGCAGACACUGCACGGGCUGCGCCCCUUCACGCUGUACUCUGUGGGGGUGGAGGCGUGCACCUGUUUCCGGUGCUGCAGCAGGGGCCCCCAGACGGAGCUGCGCACCCAGGCCUCCGCCCCCGCCCAGCAGGCCCCCCCGCGCCCCGUCGCCCUCACCUCCCGCUCCGCCCUCCUCGAGUGGGACGAGCCCCUGCACCCCAACGGCAUCAUUGAGAGCUGUGAGCUGCACCUGCGUACGUCGUGUCCCCAGCCGCUGCAGCCGGUGGCCCAGGUGUGUGCGCAGGGUCCCGUGGAGACGCGCUUCUUCGGCAGGGGCCGCAGCUUCAACGUCACGGGCCUGCUGCCCUACGCCACCUACGACCUGCGCGUCGUCUCCUUCAACAACAUGGGCAGCGCCAGCUCCAGCUGGGUCACCGUCACCACGCUCAAGGAGGCUCCCCAGUAUAAACAGGCCUUCCAGAUCCACAGUAACCUGACUGCAGUGUUUCUGGAUUGGACCGGUUCUUUUGCCCUCAACGGCCCUCUGAGGGACUACAGGCUGACCGAGAGUGGACAUCUCCUCUACAGCGGCUUCCACAGUGCCCUACAUAUACCACGCACAUCAGACAAGACCUUUGCAUUUCAGGUCACCUGCACCACAGACAGUGGGAGUGUCACUUCCCCCAUCAUCAGAUACAACUCACUCACUGGUCCCGUGCAGCCCACAGACGGAGGUAAGACGGGGCUGACGGGGGUGCUGUACCCCUUCCACACGGAGCUGUGGUUCAUCGUGCUCAUGAGCUUCCUGGGGCUGUUCCUGCUGGCGCUGCUCACGGGCCUGGUGCUCAGGAAGGCCUUCAGCCGCUCGCCCUGCGCCCGAGAGCGCCCCCCGCUGGUGCCUCUGCAGAAGAGGAGCCCCAGCUACCCCGCCAGCGACUCCUACCUGAAGCCCUGUCCUAAACAUGCCUCUAGCCGCAAGCCCACUAUCAGUAAGCACAAGUUUGACUCAAUCCCUGAGGCCAUGGAGUCCAGCAGCACUGUCACGCUAAAGGGCUUUAUCAUGCACACGGAGGGCUUUGUGGACACCAAGAUAGGCGGCAGCACGUCCCGCUCUGGUCGCCAUGGUUACCCGAGCACCAUGUCGGUGAUGCGCGUUCCGGCCCAGAGCCAGCUGAGCCACGGCUACUCCCAGAAUUCCCUGCACCGCAGCAUCAGUCAGCUGAUCGACCAGGCGGACAGGAAGUCCCUGAUGGACGACGGCGUUUGGGACGCUGAGGUGCAGGGCACAGACAGUGGAAUGUUUAUCGCAGAUGAGGAGCUGGUGGAGACCAUUAAAGAACUCAGCUCCGUGGGUUCCGUCAGGAAGGAACACACAACCUUUACAGACACACACCUGUGAUGGACAACACACACACACACACACACACA